AUGAGCUUGCACUCUGGCCUUGCCCACCCUGCCCACCGUGCGUGGACUGAGCCCCACAUCCAUGCGUCGCAGCUCAUCUACCCGCUCUUCGUCACAUCGCGUACGUCUGACAACCCGAUCCGCGGCCUCGAGCCCAACGUCCAGUGGGGCGCGGGGCCGAGUGGCGACUUUGCGACCUUGGUGGCCCAUCUACGCGGUUUGCAGGCCAAGGGCCUCCGCUCCAUCAUGCUCUUUGGCGUUGUCGAAGACAAGUGCGGCCAUGGGCGUAUGGCCGACGCCCCGGAGACGCCUGUGAUCACGUGCACGCAGGCGAUCCGCAAGGCGCUGCCCGACCUCCUCAUUGCGUGCGACGUGUGCAUGUGCGAGUAUACGGACCACGGCCACUGCGGCGUGCUUCGCCGCGUGGACGACGAAGACGUCAUUGACAACGACGCGUCCGUCGCGCGCCUCGCCGACAUUGGCCUCGCGUACGCCCGCGCCGGCGCCCACAUGCUGUGCCCGUCCGACAUGAUGGACAACCGGAUCGGCGCGAUCCGCACGUCGCUCAACGCGAACGGCUUUGCGCACGUGUCGAUCAUGGCGUACACGUCCAAGAAGGCGUCGUGCAUGUACGCGCCAUUCCGGGACGCGGUCGAGAGCACGUUCAAGGGCGACCGCAACCGGUACCAGCACCCGGUCGGCUCGACGACGCACGCGCUGCUGGCCUACGACCGCGACGUGGCCGAAGGUGCGGAUACGGUCAUCGUCAAGCCGAGCUUGUUCUACGGCGACAUUGUCAAGGAGCUUUCGGCCAAGCAGCUCGUGCCCGUCGCUUGCUACGUCGUCUCGGGCGAGUACAAGAUGCUCUCCGACUAUGGCAAUGGCACCAACUCGAUGGACGCGGUCGUGCGCGAGGCCCACCUGAGCCUCGUCCGCGCCGGCGCCAGCAUCCUCAUCACGUACUUUACACCCUUCAUCCUCGAUCGCUUGCACCAGUGGUAG